UUAUUCUUUGUUAUUUCUAGUAAUAUUCUUGAAGUUUGUUAUUGGGUUUGCUUUAUUUUCUGGCCGCUGCCCAGUGCCCACAAGCAUAGAUUCUCUCUAUUUUGCAUAUCCAGAGCUCUCUCUCCUAGCUGGGAGGCUUGCGGAUGGAUGAAGUACUUACAACUUUCAACAUGAGCUACUCACAUUCUAAUAUCAGCUCUGGUAGUAGAUCAUCAGCAAGAAGGUCAUUAGAGUUUGGAAGGACACAUGUUGUGAGGCCCAAAGGAAAACACCAAGCCACUAUUGUAUGGUUGCAUGGUCUUGGUGAUAAUGGCUCUAGCUCUUCUCAGCUCCUGGAAACCCUUCCUCUUCCAAACAUCAAAUGGAUUUGUCCAACUGCUCCAACUCGACCAGUAUCUCUACUCGGAGGCUUUCCUUGCACUGCAUGGUUUGAUGUGGGAGAGUUUUCAGAAGAAGGUCCAGAUGAUUGGGAAGGUCUUGAUGCCUCAGCUGCCCAUAUUGUAAACUUACUGUCUGCAGAGCCAUCUGAUGUAAAAGUUGGGAUUGGAGGCUUCAGUAUGGGAGCUGCAAUGGCACUUUACUCUGCGACCUGCUGUGCUCUUGGAAAAUAUGGAAAUGGAGUCCCAUACCCCAUCUACCUAAGGGCAGUUGUUGGACUUAGUGGCUGGCUUCCUGGGUCAAGGAGCUUAAGGAACAAAUUUGAAGCAUCGCACGAGGCUACGAGGCGAGCGGCAUCGAUUCCUAUUCUACAGUUUCAUGGAACAGCUGAUGAAGUAGUACCAGUAAAGUAUGGAGAGAAAUCAGCCCAGACCUUGACCUCAGCUGGGUUUAGAACUCUAGUUUUCAAAAGCCAAGAAGGGCUAGGCCAUUACACAAUCCCAAAAGAGAUGAAUGAAGUCUGCAGUUGGCUAAACUCAAGGUUGGGGCUUGAGGGCUAUCGUUAAGAAUUCUUGAAUACUCCAUUUUUCAAUGGUGUAAAGCUGAGAAGAAAGAGGACAAUAAAGUUUUUUUUUUUUUAACGAAAGUAAAGCUUAUGCUUUCGGUUGAUUAGGCUAUGGUAGAAAUAUGGGACAUUGGGGCUUUUUGUUGUAGAGAAAGAAACUUCCUAAUUCCCUUUUAAAACUUCUCUGUUCCCAAUAAAGUCUUAGAUUAGAUUUCCAUUUCAUGAAAUAUGUAAAAGUUUGUAGUUGUAGCAGUGCCAAUAGUUGAGCUAAUUUUCACUUCAAA